AUGACCAUUUUCAAACAAAGAAAAUCAAUCACAAUUAAUUUGAAAACAUUAGCAAUUAACACACAUGAAGCUCUGCCAUGCAUGGACCAUUAUCGGAAUAUUCUAUCUGCAACUGGUGGAAUGAAAACAAGACCAACUUUAGCAGAAUUACAUGAAGAAAUGGCUAUAGAUAUGUACCGUCUUGCUACUAAAUUUGGUUGGAUCAAAGGAGUACUGAUAAGAUGUUUGUUAAAUAUUUGGGGUGUUAUGUUAUUUAUUCGAUUAUCAUGGUGUGUAGGGCAGGCAGGCAUUGCUUAUACUUCUUUAAUUAUACUAUUAUCGGGUGUGGUCACUACUCUUACAGCCAUAUCUAUGUCUGCUAUUUGUACCAAUGGUUUAGUGAAAGGAGGUGGAGCUUAUUUUAUGAUCUCACGUAGUUUAGGGCCAGAGUUUGGAGGAGCUAUAGGCUUGAUAUUUUCUGUAGCCAAUGCAGUAGCUGUAGCUAUGUAUGUUGUUGGGUUUGCUGAAACUGUUAGAGACUUAUUAAAGGAGAAUGAUGCGUUAAUGAUAGAUGAAGUUAAUGAUAUUAGAAUCAUAGGAAUGAUAACUAUAGUAUUCUUACUAGCUAUUGCUAUUAUUGGUAUGGAAUGGGAAGCCAGGGCCCAGUUAAUUCUAUUAGGAGUAUUAAUAAUAGCCUUGAUAGCAGGAGCUGUAGGAACCUUCAUUCCACCAACUCAAGCUAAACUUGUUAAAGGUUUUGUUGGCUACAAAGUUGAAUUAUUUAAAGAGAAUUUCACCCCUAGUUUUAGAGAUGGUCAAAGUUUCUUCUCUGUAUUUUCUGUAUUCUUUCCUGCUGCUACUGGAAUUCUUGCUGGUGCCAAUAUUUCUGGAGAUCUAAAGGAUGCCUCCCAUGCUAUACCAAAAGGAACCUUACUGGCCAUUCUAUUAUCUACUAUAAUAUAUCUUAUAGUGGGCUGGAUGUUAGGUGCUUGUAUGUUACGAGAUGCUACAGAUAUUGUUAGAAACUGUACGUUAGUUGAAGGUGGUGUUUGUAAGAAGUAUGGUCUAAUGAAUGAUUAUCAGGUAAUGGAGAUGUUAUCAGCUUUUGGACCACUUGUUACAGCUGGAAUAUUCUCUGCUACAUUAUCAUCAGCAUUAGCUAGCCUUGUCUCAGCACCUAAAGUCUUCCAAGCUGUAUGUAAAGAUAAAAUAUUUCCUAAGAUACAUAUAUUUGCCAAGGGAUAUGGGAAAGAUGACAAUCCUAGAAGAGCCUAUCUCUUAGCCUUCGCCAUUGGUUUUGCUUUUGUAUGUAUAGGUGAUUUAAAUGCCAUUGCUCCUGUGAUAUCUAAUUUUUUCCUCAUGUCUUAUGCUUUAAUUAAUUAUUCGUGUUUUGACGCCUCGUUAGCUAGGUCACCAGGUUGGAGACCAGCGUUUAGGUUUUAUUCUAUGUGGAUAAGUUUAGUUGGAGCUUUGAUUUGCCUCGCUGUGAUGUUUAUUAUUAAUUGGUGGACUGCUCUUAUUACAUUUGGUGUUACUUGUGCCUUGUUUGUUUAUGUUCAUUAUAGAAAACCAGAUGUAAAUUGGGGUUCAUCAACUCAAGCCCAUGUUUAUAGAGGAGCUUUACAGUCAGCUUUAAAAUUAAUCUCUGUUGAAGAUCAUAUUAAGAAUUUUAGACCUCAGGUAUUAGUUUUGUCAGGUAAACCAGAAAAUAGACCAGCUUUAGUUGACUUUGUUAGUCAUAUCACUAAAAAGAUUAGUUUGAUGGUGUGUGGUAACAUUGUUGUGGGAGAACAACGAGAUAAUUUAAGAGUAGUAUUAUCAGAAGAAGCCUACAGCUGGUUAAAUAAGAGACAUAUUAAAUCCUUCUAUAGAACAUCUACUGCCCCCUCUUUUAGACUGGGAGCACAGGCUUUAAUGCAGUUAUCUGGUAUUGGUAAACUACGACCCAAUCUAUUAAUGAUGGGAUUCAAGUCAAACUGGCAUUCUUGUAAAGGAGAGGAAGUGUUAGAAUAUUUCAAUGUUAUUCAUGAUGCCUUUGAUAUGAGAUUUGGAGUAGGAAUAUUACGUCUAAAAGAAGGAUUUGGACUAGAUGUCGACCACGAAACAAAUUACUACCCCGAUACUUACGAAGAUGAGGCUGAUGAUAGUGGAGAUGAUUUAACACCAGAAGAAACACUGAUUCAAGAAUCUAAAUCGAAAGUAAAUGGUAAAAAAUCACAAGAUAAUGGUACACCACCCAAACCUGAUUUACAAAUCAAUAAAGAGGUUUUAAAAGCCAUGAAUAAAUUUUAUCGUAAAAAAGAAAAAGGAACCAUUGAUGUUUGGUGGCUCUUCGACGAUGGAGGUCUAACCCUUCUGAUUCCGUAUAUAUUAACAACUAAAUCUCACUGGGGAAGUUGUAAAUUACGUGUAUUUACUGUCAGUAAGAAAAAAGGAGAAAUAGAUAGAGAACAACAACAGUAA